AUGGAUACCCCCAUCCGUCGCGUCAUCACGGCCCAUGACGCCCAGGGCAAAGCGUACUUCGCAUCGGAUGAAGUUUUGACUCCCUACGAUCCCAAUACUGCGCCUGAAUUCACCACCCCAGGCCCAGACUCCGGCUUCGGUGUCAUCCAAAUCCAUCGGUCCCGCGGCUUCCCAGUCGAUAACAUGCGUCCAUUCGAUGACCCGCAUAAAACACUCGUCCCUCUGGCCGAUACAAAGGGUCCCUCUUGUCGCAUCAUCGACCUACCGCCUGCUGAACAGGGAUGGAUGCACCGCACUUUGAGUCUCGACUACUUCGUUGUUCUCUCCGGUACCGUCGGUCUGAUUACCGAUGGCGGAGUUGAGAAGAUUCUCAAACCGCAUGAUGUUGUUGUUUGCAGGGGUACAAACCAUGAGUGGGUUAACCGCGGCAAAGAUAUUGCGAGGGUAUUCGGUGUUGUCGUCCCGAGUAAAGAAAUUGUUACCGCUGAUGGAGUGAGAUUGGAGAAGACGCCUGCCGGCCCUGUUUAUGAUCCUCCUGAGGAGUAG